AUAAAAAAUAUUCACUUAAUUUAAAGUGUACAUUGAAUUAAAUCUUAUAAUUAAACUCUUUUAUAAUAAUAAUUGAAUGAUACAAAGAAUCAAAGUGUGGGCUUUAGAACUUCUCUUUCUUUUUGGUUUGUUUGUUCACAAUCUCUCAAGCAACCAAACCCUCUUCCAACUCUCAAAACUCUCUUUCGCUUCCAUGGCGUCCCAAGCAAGCCUUCUCCUUCAGAAACAGCUCAAAGAUCUUUGCAAACACCCCGUCGAUGGCUUUUCCGCUGGUUUGGUCGACGAAACCAACAUUUUUGAAUGGAGUGUAACCAUAAUUGGACCGCCUGAUACUCUUUAUGAGGGAGGAUUUUUCAAUGCCAUUAUGAGCUUUCCGCAGAACUACCCUAACAGUCCACCAUCUGUGAAGUUCACCUCAGAGAUAUGGCAUCCUAAUGUAUAUCCUGAUGGGCGGGUUUGCAUAUCUAUUCUUCAUCCUCCUGGUGAGGACCCAAAUGGUUAUGAGCUUGCAAGUGAGCGCUGGACACCUGUUCAUACUGUAGAGAGUAUAGUGUUGAGUAUCAUAUCGAUGCUUUCUGGUCCCAAUGAUGAAUCUCCUGCAAAUGUUGAAGCUGCGAAGGAGUGGAGAGACAGGAGGGACGAUUUCAAGAAAAAGGUUAGCCGAUGUGUGCGGAAGUCACAGGAAAUGUUGUGAUUCACAUCUCGCUUCUCAUAUCUUGCUUUUGUGAAGUGAAGAACAUACAACUUUAUGUAAGGAUUGGAUCGCCUGUUACAGUUGAUCUGUGUAGACUUGCUACUGGAAGUUGACAGCACGCUACUUUCUUUAGUUGCGUGUCCUUGUUUUCUUAUCUACAUGGUCAAUUGUAACAACUUUGAAAAACAAACUGUAUUCUAUGUGUUUUUGGCUAGUGUUUUGGGGACUAGUAGUUCAUUGGAAAUUUAGUUUGUUCAUUUGCAUAACCUUUGCUAAAAUUUGAUAUUAGGCGCCAAGUUUUGCCUUUUGCUUAUAUAAUAUUGUGAUAUGGAUGUUGCAUUCA